AUGCUCGCAGUUGCUCCGUCGCUGCCCCACCAGCUCAACGGCCAGUCUAGCGCCGAGGACUCGUCCAGCUUCCGUCCCCUCAAGGACAUAGACGCGUUCAAGCAGCAUCUCCCCCCUCCAAUUGAGUUUGUUCAAGGGUCCUCUACGGGCGCCGUAGCCGUCCCCAGCGACAAGUAUGAGUGUAUCAACGAUACCCCGCCCUCGGACAAGCCAGACGCUUCCCCAGAGAAGGCGCCUGAGUCUGCGCCGCCCUCCCCCAAGCUAUCACGCAAAGCGAAGCUUGCGUCAUCACGAGUGGCGCAGAGCCUCCACGUCGAGCCCAUCGACAUCUCCUGGCCGGACAAUGUUAAUGGCGUCGGCGCUGGUCUCUUCAACACCGGCAACACCUGCUUCAUGAACAGCGCACUGCAAUGCCUCUUCCACACCCCUCCCCUUCUCCGUCUACUGUCGGCGCACUCCAAGGAUACCUGCAAGUCGUCCGGAUUCUGCAUGACCUGCUGCAUGAAGUAUACCGCAAUGCGAUCACAGUCGAGCAAUAAGUCGGCUUUCAACCCUGACGGGAUAACGCGCAACCUGAAAGCCUUUGCCAAGUCUCUAAGAUACGGUAGACAAGAAGACAGUCACGAAUUUCUGCGGCACGCGAUAGAGGGCCUGCAGCGAUCGUGCUUGGCGGGUCAACCUCAGAAGGUUGAUCCCAAGCUGGCGGAGACUUCGUGGGUGCACCAGCUCUUUGGUGGUCAGCUACGUUCGCGAGUGCACUGCAAGGGCUGCGGGCACAACAGCGACACGUACGACAGCAUCCUCGACCUCAGCCUUGAUAUCCAUAGAACGAGUUCUCUCAAAGACGCAUUGAAAAGUUUCGUUGCUCCGGACUACUUAAAGGGAUCGGACAAGUACAAGUGCGACCACUGCAAGAAGUACGUGAACGCUGAGAAGCGCUUCACGAUAAACAAAGCACCCCUAGUACUCACCAUCCACCUGAAACGCUUCUCGCCCUUCGGCAGCAAGCUCACCAACCUCCUUCACUACGACGAGCACAUCACGCUCAAGCCCUACAUGAGCGAGGGCUCCUUCGGCCCACGCUACUCCCUCUACGGCGUCAUCUGCCACUCCGGCUCCGGACCCAACUCGGGGCACUACUUCUCGUUCGUGAAGAGCAAGCAGGGGCGGUGGUACGAGAUGAACGACGAGUCGGUGACGCCGUGCUCGAAGCCGUACCCCAUGUUGAAGACCGCGUACAUGCUCAUGUACAUCCAAGACAAGGGCCAGAACCUGGAUGCGGCGAUACACUCGACAGGCGCGCCGUCGCCUGCGCGCACGACGCUCUCCUCUGGGAUGAAGCGGAAGGAGCGGGAGGAGCCGAGCGCGGAGGCGCAGGAGGAUGACCUCGGCGAGCAGGUGGAGCAGCCCUUCAUUGGCCCUGAGCUGCCGCCGCAUCUCAAGCGCGAGGCGCCCUCUCCCGCGAAGCGCUUGAAGGUGGAGGAGUCGACCGAGAAGGUCGACGUGAAGAAGGAGGCGAAGGAGAAGCCCUCGGCGCUCGGUGACGCGCUGGCUGGCUACGGCUCCGACGACGAUGAGGACGCUGGCAAGCCCGCAUCUACGCCAGCGACGCCUGCUGCCAAGGCAGGGUCGGGCGCGACGGUGUCGCCUAUUCCUACGUCUUCCUUCUACGCCUCAUCAACCUCGGCCUCGAAGAAGAGGAAGUCGACGGACACCGCGCCGGACGAGAAGCCGGCGAAGAAAAACAGCACCGCGGCCUUCCUCAACAAUCCGUUUAGCAGCCGGCUCACCAGCAAGCCCGGUGGAAUAACGACCUACGGGAAGAAGAACAGGCGAAUGCGGGGGAUCUGA